AUGACCUUGAGGUCCAUCGACGGACAAGCUGACUGUGACAGGGAAUCGCUCGCGCCACCUUCCAUUGGACACCUCGAUGAAACAUCCACGUCACCUCGCCUUGAAGUCGCAGACCUAGACGACACUCAAAAGUUCUCAGAUCUUUUCGAUAGCCUGGGGCUACACAUACCCCAGGAGCAAAAGAACAGGAUAUCGAGGAGUUUCGAAGCUAGCUAUGAAAUUGAGAAUUAUCCAAAUGUCAAGCAUAUUGAUCCUGAGUGGAAACACGAUGAAAUUGAGGAAAUUGUGGUGGUGUCUCCUAAGCGGGCAAACGCCUUUGAUUUGUCGACGAUCCACGAAGAGCCUAGUGUCCUCCAAGUGCCAAGCGCAUGUCUUGCCGAUUUUGACAUCGUGAAGACAGAUAUAUGCUCCAAUGUAGGACCUGCGUUCAAAGUAGGCGUGUGUACUAGGAAGGACAAUGGCCAGCGAUACGUUAUCAAGAGGAAACAGACUAGAAAUGACUCAUCUUGGUCUGAGAAAGUCGUCUUGGAGAUGUUGGCUAGCCUUUCUACUCCUUUCGUUGAAACCAUAAGAUGGUCAUUUCGAAACGAGGAGUAUGUCUACAUCGUCUUAGACACAUAUGUAGCGGGUACCCUGUUGGACUUGGUGAACCAUCAUGGACCGUUAGGUUCUCACAAGGCAACAUUUUACGCUUCAGAACUAGUAUGCGCGAUUUUGAGCCUGCACAACGCGGGUAUCAUGCACAAAGACCUCGACCCUCGCUCCGUUUCUCUCGACACCGACGGCCACAUCGUGAUCACCCACUUCUCCCGCGCCGAGUCGUUCCCCCAGACCACCCGCCCACAUGGCGUGUCGUGCAAUGUCGGCUUUGGAGAUACGAUGAGCGAGUUCCGCGCACCAGAGAUUUUCCUUGGGUGGGAGCUGGAUUCGGCGGUGGACUGCUGGUCCUUUGGGAUGUUGUGUUAUUUUAUGAUGUUUGGCACGCAUCCGUACGGAGAGCGGGACGUUGCUGAUGAUCCUCGCUGGUUGUAUGAUCGCGUGGUGGUAUUUUCGGUCCCUACAGAAUCUUUGAGACUCGUCCAUCCCAUGGCUAGAGAUUUGAUAACAAAGUGUUUGCAACGAAAUCCGUCUCUUAGGUGGUCCAUGGAGAAGAUCAAAUCUCAUGGUUAUUUUGCGCUUGUUGACUGGGACCAGGUCGCUGCUAAACAAGUUGAUGCACCCUCGUUUCGACGAACAGCAAUGGAAGUCGACCGUGCAGUUUUUCAGACCCAAUCUGAUUCACAUCAACGGGAUGCGCCAUCUGUGAAUGAGGUGGCAUUCCCUCCUGCGUUCUCAAGGAAUCUGAUCCACCCUGCGACGACGCCGACGGGUACUUCGAACGCGAGGAGCCGGAUUACUAUUUCGGAACUAGCGAACGCAUCUGAGAUCUUUAGGCCGCUUUCUAUCUCAACAAUUGCAGAGGCUUUGCACGAGGACGAUGAACCUGUUUCGUUGUCUGCGAGUACAGGACAUGUGGAAUCUGAGCGCGAUGAAACCUCGAUGUCUCUUUCCGCGACCGUGUCCUUGGGCGUAGAGCAACGCCAGCAACCUCCUCCUGUGCAUGCGCAGAUUCGGCCAACGGACAAAGUAUCGCGAUUUUGGGCAGAGCUUGACCAAGAGGAACAGCAGUCGUCCGUGUCUAUUGUGACGGAGCAGGAGUUUGGCGGCUCGAGCAAUAAUAUCCCGUUUACGCAUGGCAAGGUGCCGAAGCUGAGGAAGUAUCGCUCGGCGAUCCAUGCGCAGAGGUUGUUUAGUCUGAGCACGGCGUCGUUUCAAAAGAGGUUGAAGCAAAAGCCGAAGUCGAGUGGGGCUUUGAGACAGGGACAUGGCCAUGGGCAAGGACAAGGACAUGAAGGACAAGGACAAGGAGGUUCAAAAUCUCGCCAUGCAGAGAGGAUCGAUGAUCUACCAAUGGGGAUACAGCAAAGCGGGAGCGGGAUUGGGUUCACGUAUAAUAUCCCAUCGGGCGUGCCAUCCAAGGUGUCGGUGAGGUCGUUUGCACCAAGUUGUAAUCAAUUUUUCCAUGGGGGGAUUACGAAUGCUCUGAGUCUGAAUUUAAAUCGUGGACUUGGGCUGGGGCAGGCACAGAGGGUGGGGUUGAAGGCGAAGAAUGGAGGUGCGAAACAGGAGUCGUCGGGGGGCUGUUCUGUGAUGUCUUUGUCAAAUCCUCAGCACGGAUCUUUGGAGGCCCCAGCGUCCCAGGGGACACCUACUGUGUUAUCAAUGCCGACGCCAAGAGCGAGAGAGGUUGGGAAUGCGACGUUCAUUCGCGAUAUGUAUCGCUCUCCUAGCUGGAUAUUUUCCCCGCCUGAUAGCCUCCCGUCUCCGAUGGCAUUGGUCAAUCCCAACCCUGUGAAUUCGUGUUCAAAUUCACCUUCGAUGGAGGAUGGAAGGAAUCGAGAGUGUCGUGGUGUACGUGAGGGUAUUCAUAUGGGUCGAAAUGCACACCGUGACCAGGAAAACCACUCAGAGGCUAGCCCAGAUUCAUCGGGGCCUUUUACUCCUGCUACACUGGUUAGUGUGGAGAGCAAUGGGGUUGGGAAUGUGAAGGGUAAUAACGGCAGCGUGCGUGGUCAUGGACAACGUGUUGCUGGGGCAAAACGGCAACAUGAAAACGAACAUGAUGGAGAGCAUGAUAAGGGGCCCCAGCAACACCACGAACGCGGUGUUUCUCACGACGACGACGACGACGACGAGGACUGCCCAGAAGAGGUCAACAUCAGUAUUCCCAAAAACCUUGAGCUGGAUUUGGAUUUCCGGAUGUGGGCGCCUGAUUCGACGCUGAGGCUGGUUCCGCCGUCUCGAUCUGCUGCUGCUGCUGGUGGUGGCUAUGAAGAUAGUGUUCCUGUUCAUAGGUCUACUGUGGGGCGGAAUCUCCUGCCUGCAUCUCUUCUAGGAGGGCGUCGUAACACUGGAAUUAAUGGCCUGGGGUCGAGGAUAUCGCCGUCCGUGUCGAUGUCGAUGUCGAUCAUGUCAAUGAUGUCGUAUGAUGAUGUCGAGAACGAGAACGAGAACAAGGAUAAUGAUAGUAGCUGUAUUGGAGGUGAUUCGUUCUACACGUCGGACGUUACGGCUUCUAGUGCUCGCAUUUGA